AUGGAUCCAUUUUGUUUGCCUACUUUAAUUGAUGAUGAUGAAGAAGAUGAAGAGGAGGAAAUGGGGGUGUGUUUGUUGUUUACUUACAUGGUCAUAGAGUACAUGGAACAUUAUAUGCUUCCACCAAGACUAUGUUGGGAAGGCUCCGCGAAUGACUCAAGAGUAUUAUUGGAAACUAUUUUUGAUUCUACAACGAAUUUUCCGUUGCCACCCAAAGGUAAGUAUUAUCUUGUGGAUUCUGGGUACACUAAUAUGAGGUACUUCUUAGCACCUUAUUGUGGCGAAAGAUAUCAUUUACAGGAAUAUAGGGGGAGACGAAUAAGGGGUCCUCAUGAACUAUUCAACUAUAGGCAUUCGUCACUGAAAAAUGUGAUAGAACGUUGUUUUGGUAUAUUAAAAAUGCGUUGGCCGAUCCUUAAGUUGAUGCCUCCUUACAAACUAAGUAUACAAGCACUCAUCGUUAUUGCUUGUUGCACAUUACAUAAUUUUAUUCGUGACGAAGCCCGUUUAGAUCGUCUUUUUGAUGAAUAUGGGGAUGAGAAUGUCAAUCUUUAA